AUGGAAUAUAAACCUUAUCACCAAUCGGAUACAGAUAUAAAGUUUAUUGACAAUGGAUAUAAGUUAUACUGGAAUGAAGCUAAUGUUAUACAGUUGGCGAAAGAAGACCGCAUCAAAAUUUCUUCAGGCGAGACUGUGAUGGAAAGCUCCGAAGAAAGUCCUUCUCCAAGCAUUGAAGCUGCUUCUAUGGUGAAGGUUGCACCAACAACUGUGAGGUUGGUGAGUGCACUUAAAAGUGAUCUUUUGGACACUCCAAUGCUAAAAUGUUCCAAACAAAUGAUUGAUAGAAGAAAAAAAAAGGUUCACAAAUAUUUGAAAAAGGUCAAAUCAGAAAGGAUGAAUCACCCUAUUUUAUCUAAUGACACUGUCUUCAACUAUGUCUCUGAUGUGAUUAAAACAGUCAACUCUCAAAACGCUCUAUUCUUUUCAAUUGAUUGUGAAUUCACAACGGAUGGUAAAAUACCUAAAGAGAUUGGGAUUUCAAUCUUUGAUUCUAGAAAACAACAUCUUUCAGUAUUCCCACAUUUCAAGAAUAUUCAUGUUAUUGUGAAGGAGCAUUAUGAUGAAGAGAAAAGAUCAGCACAAACAUUUCUUGGUGGAAGCUCAAUUAUUUUAACAGAAACAGAAACCAUCCAUUUUUUGCAAACCUUAAUUGAUGCAUUUUUCCCAGAAGACAUCAAUGAGCUGAAUGGCUCUAUCCCUGCAGCAUUCGUUUUCCAAAGUUAUGCAACGGAUUUGAAAGGACUUCAUAACUUGGGUGUCAAAUUCCCCAAGAAAUUUAUGGUGAUGGAUACAUUUUAUCUUUAUUGUGCUACCCAUGGGUCCAAACUUGAGACCAGUACCUUGGCUGGUAUGCUGAAUAGAUUUAAUAUUCCUCACAGUUAUCUACACAACGCAGGAAAUGAUGCAUAUUACACCAUGUUGUUGCUUUUGAAAUUGGCCAAUCCAAACUUCAGAAUUCAAAAUGGUAUCGAUAACUACAUGAAUGAAUUGAAAUAUGAGCAUGAUUGGAGAUAUGAUCUUUACCAAAAGGACGAUAAAAGAAAGUUUCUUGACACUUUUAAAGAUCGGGAUAUCGAUCAAUGGAACAUUUAUGAGUUUUCUGUUCCGAAAGUCAGACAGAACUCUAAAGCGACUCUUAGAACUGUAUAUGGAACUAGAUACAAAUACAAUAGAGACGACAAAUAA